UUUUUGUGCUUUAAAAAAUAGAAAUAUUCUGAGAGGUGUGGUCAAAACCUGAGAAAUUUUGAGGGAAAUCGAUGGAGAAGCAGCAGCAGAAACAUGAUGAAGUUCACCAUGUCCUGGUUUUACCUUUCCCAAUUCAAGGUCACAUCAACCCAAUGCUUCAAUUCUCCAAACGCUUAGCCUCGAAAGGCCUAAAGGUCACCCUCGUCACCACUUCCAAAUCCAUGCAACCCUCUGCAUCUUCAAUCGACUUCCAGUCCAUCGACUUCCAAGAAGGCGAAGCAACCACCAACAUCGACGAAUUUAUCCGACUUUACGAAUCAUUGAUCCCAGAAAGACUAGCCCAGUUCAUCGAGAAGCACCAACAUCGAGCUAAAGUGUUGGUUUACGACUCGGGUAUGCCGUGGGCGUUGGAAGUGGCUAAACGGUUUGGUUUACAAGGAGCCUCGUUUUUCACCCAGUGUUGGGCAGUGAACGCCAUUUUUUAUCAUUUGAAACUGGGGACUCUUAGUAUGCCAUCGGAAGAACAGAUUCGGACGAAUGCCGUUGUUUCGUUGCCGUCAAUGCCGGAACUAGAGAUCAGUGAUUUGCCAUCAACUGCGUAUGAUAAAUCAGGGUCGUAUCCAGCUUUGUGGAAUCUUAUGAGAAGCCAGUUCUCAAAUUUUCAGGAAGCCGAUUGGACCUUCUGUAACACUUACGAUAAGCUGGAACACGAGAUAAUCAAGUGGUUGGCAAGCAAAUGGCCAAUCAAGACUAUCGGUCCCACAAUUCCAUCCAUGUAUUUAGACAAACGAUUGAAAGACGACGAUGAUUAUGGUCUCCACCUCUUCGAACCCUACACCGACCUUUGCAUCAAGUGGCUAAACUCGAAAGAAACAGGCUCGGUUAUCUACGUAGCAUUUGGAAGCAUAGCCGGUUUAACAGAGCAGCAAAUGGGGGAACUGGCCAUGGGUUUGAAAUCAACCAACAGACACUUCUUGUGGGUAGUUCGAGAUACAGAGCAAAAUAAGCUUCCCGGUAACUUCAUAGGAGAAACAUCGGAGAAAGGAUUAUUGGUUUCAUGGAGUCCACAGUUAGAUGUUUUGAGUCAUAGGGCGGUGGGUUGUUUCAUGACUCACUGUGGCUGGAACUCCACGCUCGAGGCAUUGAGCUUAGGGGUGCCCAUGAUUGCGAUGCCCCAAUGGACUGAUCAACCGACCAAUGCAAAGUUUGUGGCUGAUGUUUGGGAGGUGGGAAUCAGAGUUAAAAAGGAUGGAAAUGGGAUCAUCACAAAGGAGGAGAUUCAACGGUGUGUAAGGGAAGUAAUGGAAGGAGAUAGAAGCUUGGAUAUCAAACGGAACUCAGGGAAAUGGAAGAAACUAGCCAUAGAUGCUAUUGAUGAAGGUGGAAGCUCUGACAAGAAUAUUGAGGAAUUUGUGGCAAAAAUUACAUGCAAUUAGUACCAUAUCACUCUCCUUAUUAUGAAUAAGUUUUUUAGAUGAAUUUGCUCUUUGUAUUCCAACAAAUCAAAAUCACCCUAGCUUUUUAUGCAAGAGUAUAUGAGAGCUAUUUACAA